ACUAUUAAAUAAAUACUGGAGCCAAUUUUUAAAAAUUUAGUCGAUUACUAAUUUAAAAAAAAUCAAGUAUUUAAUAUUUUUCCGCUCCGGAUGAAUGAUCGCCGCACCGACUCUUAGCAAACUUUUUGUUACCAUUUUAAUGAAAGCAGAAGAGCAAAGGCAAAUCAAAGCUUAUCGGAUACAUUUGUUGUUGUGUUGUCUGAAAGCACAAGCACUUUCAUUUCAUUUCUCUCACUUUCACUUUGUCCGUCUGCAUAUUUUUUUCGCCCCCUUUUGAUUUCCCCGAGCCAAUGAAACCCCUCCGCGGCCGAAUUUUUUAGGAGAAAUUAAAGAAACGAAAAGGCUGCCCCGCGGCUCGAUCUCGGGACCUGAAAUGCGCUGUAUCCGGAUCUGCAAGUAAACUUUCAGGAUAGCGACUAAGAAGAUUUUCCAAUUACAAGAGUUGAAAGAUUUUUGUUUGCAGCAGAGGUGCAUGAUGUUUUAUAGUAGUCAUGAUUGGUUUCUCAUGGAGUUGCUUCUCCAGAAAAAUGAUCAGGACAGGCAAGAACAGCAAUGAUGGACUCCAAGGUACUUAUAUAUUGUUUCAGAGGUGUGGUGGAGUGAGAUUGUAUCUAAAGCUAGGCAGGAGAUGGAGGAAACAGGUGGAAAUUCAAUGCAACCAGAAGGAGAUACUUCACUCUACAGAUGGCUACCACCAAGCUUGGUGGACAAAAUGCAGUCUAUUGAUUUGUGCUCUCAAGAAGAAAUUUCCAGUGUUGGAGUUUCAGGGUGUAGUCAAGAAGAAGAUUUUUCACCUCAAACUGUAUCUCAGAUGCUGUGGGAAAAUGGACAACUAAAUUGCAGAAUUCCCAAUGGAUUUUACUCGGUUAUUCCAGAUAAAACAGUGAAGGCCCGGUUUAGUAGAAUUCCGAGUCUUGAAGAGCUGUGUUCAUUAGCUGCAGAAGGUUUCAAAGCUGAUGCAGUUAUUGUAGAUGCAGAGAAGGACAAACGACUUGCAAAGUUGAAGCAAUUUACUGUAGCAUCAGUGAAGGGUUUGAGUUCAAAUCCUGCCUCGAUGAUUAAAAAAAUUGCUGAUGUGGUUUGUGAGUUUUAUGGAGGACCUCUUUCUGAAGCAAGCCCUGUGAAGAUCUCACCUGAGGAGAUAUCGACUUUGGCAGACAGCCAUGGAUUUCAGCUCUUAGGUCAGAUUAAAAACGGGUUAUGCCGGCCACGGGCAAUUUUAUUCAAAGUUCUUGCAGAUGCUGUGGGACUUAAAAGUAAACUUCUGGUGGGUCUACAACUAUAUGAUAAGGCAAUUGCAUACAAGGAGAGUCCAAAACAUAUGUCUCUGUUGGUUGAAUUAAAUUCUGUGGACAUGCUAGUGGAUAUCAUGAGGUCUCCUGGUCAGUUAAUACCUUUCUCAGUGAGAGCUCUUAUUAUCUAUCAUAUCUCUGGAUCUGGAGAAAGUGAUUCGGCAGAGAAUGAUUCAUGUGACUCUCCUCUAGAGCCAAACAGUCCAAACUUUGGUUUUCCAGAUAAAUUGGAAGGUGAAAGCCCAGGGCAGGAGGAACACCAAAGUCUUCAAUGUUUUUACCCAAGGAAGGGGGAUAAUCUUUGUCCAUCAGCAGGGCCUUCUUUGCCAAACAUAAAACUAAGGCCAGCUAUUGAAGGAAAAUUAAGUCUAUCACGAAGUGAACCAGAUAUUGCAAAUGGUUUCUGGCGACGUAGCCGCAGGAAAGCCAUUGCUGAACAGCGCACUUCUAGUUCUAGUCCAGAGCAUCCUUUGUUGAGGACUCAUGGCCGUUCUAUGCUGAGUGGGCGCAGACAGUCAUUUGGAGAAGAUGGUGAUUCUGUGAGUGCGUCAAGUCCUGAUCAGUCCCCUCAGCAUAACAUUGCUAUAAGGAAGACUUUGGCAAUGCCUGGACAACGUUUAGUUUCCUCUCCCCUUACCGGUGGAAAUGAAAGGAGAAGAGUAGCUACCCAUGGCACUUGGGUUGGUGGAGAUUUUACUCGGUCUGAUCAUCAUUCACCAUCAGAAGCACGUCGAAUAAGAAAAAGAAGCAUCAGUGUCACACCAGAGAUAGGUGAUGAUAUUGUCAGAGCUGUUCGAGCAAUGAAAGAAGCAAUGAAGCAAGAACAACUUGUUAAAAGUGAAGAAGGGGCAAUUGGAGAUGAGAAAAGCCAAACUGUUUGGAAUAAUCAGUCUGAACAUGCACUGAACUUCGUUGCCAGUGAUGAAGGAAGCAGUUCUAGAGAAAGGACAGAAUCCAGUUAUUCAAAGGAUCCUGAAAAACACUCUCAUAGGGCUAUUUCAGUACCUUCAUCGCCACGAGAAUUUCAGAAGAAUCUUGUGUCUGUAAGAGGGAUGGAUCAUUCAAAAUCUGUUGACAUAAUUACUUCAUGGAAUCGAGUGUUAGAGUCUUCACCACUUACUUCCAAACCAUUAUUACCAUUCUUAGAAUGGAAUAUAGACUUUUCGGAGCUGAGAGUUGGUGUCCGUGUUGGUAUUGGUUCAUUUGGAGAAGUUUUUCGAGGCAUAUGGAAGGGAACAGAAGUUGCAAUCAAGAUUUUACUGGAGCAAGAUUUGACAGAGGAGAACAUGGAAGAUUUCUGCAAUGAAAUAUCACUUUUAAGCCGCUUGCGACAUCCAAAUGUGAUAUUGUUUCUUGGAGCCUGUACAAAGCCACCUCAUCUUUCAAUGGUAACAGAAUACAUGGAAAUGGGUUCUCUGUAUCACUUAAUACAUACAAGUGGUCAAGGAAAGAAGUUUAGCUGGCGAAGGAGAUUAAAGAUGCUCCGUGAUAUCUGCAGGGGCAUGAUGUGCAUACAGCGAAUGAACAUAGUGCACCGAGAUUUGAAAAGUGCAAAUUGCCUGGUUGACAAACACUUGACAGUCAAAAUCUGUGACUUUGGUCUUUCACGGAUAAUGACAAACCUUCCCAUAAGGGAUACAGUAGCUGCUGGAACUCCUGAGUGGAUGGCCCCAGAACUUCUGCGGAAUGAGCCAUUUACAUACAAGUGUGACAUAUUCAGUCUAGGGGUGAUAAUGUGGGAGUUGUGUACUUUAAAACGACCAUGGGAAGCUGUGCAGCCAAUGCAAGUAGUUUAUGCUGUUGCCCACGAGGGUGCACGGUUGGACAUACCUGAAGGCCCCAUUGGCAAGUUGAUAUCAGACUGCUGGGCUGAUGCAGAUGAUAGACCCAGUUAUGAGGAGAUUUUCACCCGUCUACAUGAGUGUGAAUUUUUGAUAAGUUGAAGUACAUUUGGAAUGGCCAAUGUACAUACUAAUUGAGGAUUGUAUAAAAAAAAACCUGAUAUUGAAGUCAUCACCUUUGGCAGGCCAGAUACCACACUCAAACUAUCAGAAGUUUUGUGAGAUGUAUUAUAAGAAAAGUAAAUUUUCUAGUCAUUUUACUUCGAGUAAGGAAUGCUAUAAAAGUUAAUGCACUGAUUCACAUUAAUUUUCUUGUUUUCUUGUUCUUCUCAUUAAUAGUUUUUAAGCUUCAUUGGCUUCCAACCCCUUGCAGCUUCAAAUGGUGGCGGUGUGUAAAGGGGAGAAUAAAUAUGCUUUUUUUGAAGCAUUGGUGUCAGUGAUGUGAGAUUGUAUCAAAUUACAGUUUUAAGGCACUGUAUCAUGCAAUAAAGGAAUGAGGAUCAACCUUUCAAUAUCCUAUUCUUACCUACUUAUUUGUAAAAAUGCAAUACCCGUUUAUAUGGAGAACUAAAUGUGUUGUAGAUA